ACACAGUCAAAACAAAUACAACAUACAAGCUAUCAAAUAUGUGCACAGCCGACCAGCGUACUAAUAUUUUGCUAGUGGACGGUUUCCUCAACGUUUACGGACUACAAGAUGGGCGAGGCCCAACAUACGGUUUGAUAACUUCAAUCGCUGCCUGUAAAGCUAUGGCCCUUGAAUAGGUGCAAGCCUUCUAAGUAGGCUUUGGCUGUAGGUAGAAGAGAAAGCUGUUUCACGGACAUGCUCCUCUCCAGUUGAGUCACUGUUUACCAAUCAUCGCAGUAAUUAUUAACAGGAGUAUUAAUUCAGGUUUUGUCAGCUCCUUCGUCCAAUUAUCAGUUUCUCCGUGAUACCUUCUUGUCCCUUAUAGGUCUGCCGUCAGAGCAAGAAUGACCCCCAUCGACUUUCGCAUGACUCAACCGUCCAAAGCUCCCUUGAUUUGAGAUCUCUAGCCGUCAAUAGUCAGUAUCGGCCGGAUCAAAUCAGGACGGAGCUUGACAUUUUCUUCAGAUUCCGCGACGACAAGAUUCAUCAGCCAGCAGAUGAAUUGUAACAGUUGGUUAUGAGCCAUCUAUUCCGCGUGUUACAAAUAUGCUGUGAGGCUUUACUCCGUCUGACCAAUAAGCUCAUAAUUUCCAUAUCCUCAAUAUGGCCAAUGAGAAGGAUGGAAUAGUAUCGAAAUGGCAAGGUUCGGACCUGUAGACUUGAUGAAUAUAUAUACAUACGACAUGAUGGCCCUGAUACCCAUGAUUAGCAUCCUGCUUUCACGCAUAAAUUGUUAAUCUUGCGAGGUUCCCAGUUGUCUUCUGCUAUCUCCAAAAACUCCACAUUUGUUUCACUUUCCCUCGAAGCCUCCACCCAUUAUAUCAACAGUUGCAUCCUUACCUGUGUGAAACUAAUCGUUAGACGAGAAUGGUUAUGCAGCUUGAUCUCCCCAGUGCCUUGAAGGUAUCCGUCGAGUCGUCAAAGGAGUAAUACAAACAGCUGGGCAAAUCGGGGCUGCAGCAGCCUUAGCGGUUACCUGGGAUGAACGUUCUUCAAGCUGUCUAACUCUGUUCUUCAGGUAAUCUACUUCAUAAGAUAAUCGACUAGGUGUAGUGGACGGGGCUGUUGAGCUGUUCACGAUUGACGAUACUGGCCGACCUAGGCUCAUCAAACUUCUGCCAAAAGCUGAGGAUUCUAUAGUAGGCGCCGAAUGGCUUGGUUGCUGUGACUUCAUAGCCGGCGCAAGAUUGGGCUGCAGGGUUUCUGCUAGGUCAUUUCCAUAGAUGCAGGCACUGUUCUUGGAUCGCACACAGUUACUACACGGAGUUUGCCGAUUACAUCGAAUUUUGCGUUUUCUGCAAAGAAUGCAAGAACUAUGUCAUCUUUGUUACUUUAAGCGCCAUAAAACACCAGUUCCUAUUAGCCGUUGUCGCUUGCGUUCUGUGUCACAGAUCACUCCCACUUUUAUUAAAUAUUGACCAGGAAAGGCGCUCAAGGAGAAUUCCCCGACAUCACAUUCCCGAUAUGCACCCAAGUAUCCGAAGUUCAUGAGGAAGAACGAGGGAGAGUUAUCAGAUCCGAGCGGCUCUUCGCCCAGUCGGAAUUUGCGCUUUUGGUCCGUAUUUCUCGCCAUUUGCGGGUCAUGCAUAAGCUUAUUGGAUGACAUGCCCACGGUGCACCAUGAGGAGAUCAAGGUAGUCUGUUCCAAUUCUCUUUAGAGAUGCCUCGACGGAAUUGAAGAUCGCCCGCCGCGAGAGACCUUUGGGCCAAUUAGCUUGUAAAUGUGGAGGGUUAGCCACGGAGAGGAGCUAUCUACGAACUAAAUUGAUUAACAUAGUCUUUACUCUUGGGGAGGUCUCCCCAGUAGGGAGGGAUAAACACAUCGUCGUGUUCGCUCACAGGGGCCCAGCAUUUGCUUAUGAUAACCAGCUUGUGCCUCGGAAUGUCAUAUUUUCGAAUAGCUUUUCCGAUCAUUUCCUCUGCUCUUCCAUUCGAGUACAACCCAGCAGUAUCCCACUAUCCCCAAUAAUCAGUAUUAUGUAUUAGAGCUGUGCAGCGUUUCCCUUAUAGCGCUGGACCUACUUAGUUAAUGCCUCUGUCAUACGUCGCCUUCAGCAGCGGGAGUGCUUAUCCAGUGACCCGAAAAUCGGAACUGACACCCGCGUCCCCAGGUUCUACCUCAACGUCAACAUUAAAAAUAGAAACAACAUCGUCAUCCCUGGUAGGAACUUUCUCGGUUCACCAUGAAAGCCGCCCAUCUGGUGAAACACCAGAAAUCAACCGUGGCCUCGUACAUAAAACUCGCCUAUUUGGGCAGAACCAUUGGGGUAAUGGUGCUGUACAGAUCCUUCGCGAGCUUUUCGAGAGCAUCGAGCCACACAUACAUACAGAAUGGAUCCAAGCUCACUUCCAACAUGCAAAGGUGCAAACUCCCACCAAGGGUAAUCAAAUCGCAGUGGACACCUCCUUGGCCCGCACCACCAAAGUGGGGUCUGCCCCAGAAAGAUAUUAUGAGGAGGUAUGGCUAAAUGUCGCACCUCCGGACACAGCGUUCCUGGUCCAACUUAAGCUCGUACUCGCCAUCGGGGCUACCACAUAUGACGAAAAAUUCUCAAUGCGGGCUUCAGCCUUUCGAUGGAUCUGUGAGGCCCAAUCCUGGCUUGCAGAACCGGGGUUUAAAGCAAGACUAAACAAACAGGUUUUGCAGACUAAUAUUCUGCUUCUCAUCGCUCGACAAACGGCAAGCCUUGGUGGCAGUCUGGUCUGGAUUUCGGCAGGAUCUCUCAUUCGGGGCGCAAUGCUUCUUGGAUUGCAUCGGGAUCCCACAUUUCUCCCAGAAAGCACGGUGUUCGCUAUUGAGAUGCGCAGGAUACUGUGGAACACCAUUUUGGAGAUAGCUCUGCAAUCGAGCAUAGACUCUGGGGCGCCUCCUCUCAUUUCACUUGGCAGCUUUGAUGUUGAACCGCCUCGCAACUUGAACGACGAUCAACUGAUGGUUGGAGACCCUCUGCCGGCAUCAGAUGAUACUUUUACCCAAAUCCACGGGGUCCUCCCCUCUCGAUUCCAAGUCCAAGUAGUAGAUUUCAUCAUGCAUCGCAAUUUCUCAGCACUUCAUAUCCCUUUCUUCGUGCCGGCUCUACGCGAGACGACCGAUGCGUUAUCUGCCUCGCUGAAAAUUUGGCACCUGGUGCGGCUUGCUCCUUACGGUGAUGAGGCCUCGCCAACAGUAGAAAACGGUCUAGUGCGACUCGCGAUUAGUGGGUCCCACUUCUUUCGCGGGAGCGCUUUGCUGGCUAGCCUUACGGCAGCAGCCGAGCUCAUGUUCCAGCUGCACGAGGAGACUGGUCUAAGUCCAGCACCAUUAAGGCCCGACCUGCUUGCCAUAGUCAACGAUGCUAUAACUUGGUCCUUCCGGUGUAUUGAGGCUGGGGAGACCAAUAUCAAGGGAUAUCUCUUUACCUGUUUGGUAGCUGAGCGGGUUGACGGGCUCAUGAAAGGAACAGAGAAGGACGAGUUUCCAGAGUCAUUAAUCACGGCAGUUGAAGCUGCUCAGGAAAAGUGCUUGCGGGUCCUGGAGGAAAAGGCGGCCGAGGGUCGGAGAGGCCCAACAGUAGACGUGCCUAACCAAAUGGGGUUGGAUAUACCCGAGGGCACGGAAGACUGGGAUAUUAUAAUGCCAAAUGGACGGUUCAAUUUGGAAGAGCCCAUGAACUGGCUGUUCAAUGAUGAGACAACACAAUCUUGGAUUUGCGAGUCCCAUGAUAUAACUGAUCGCCCCUCUCAACUUGGCUCUGAAUCGAAUAACUUUAGAGCGGCGUUAAGAGAGGUAUAG